AUGCUGCGCCUGGGGCUGUGUGCCGCCAUGCUGCUGUGCGUGUGCCGGCCGGGCUUCGUGCACGCCGACUGCUGGCUCAUCGAGGGCGACAAGGGGUACGUGUGGCUGGCCAUCUGCAGCCAGAACCAGCCGCCCUAUGAGACCAUCCCGCAGCACAUCAACAGCACCGUGCACGACCUGCGCCUCAAUGAGAACAAGCUCAAGGCCGUGCUCUACUCCUCGCUCAACCGCUUCGGGAACCUCACGGACCUCAACCUCACCAAGAACGAGAUCUCGUACAUCGAGGACGGCGCUUUCCUGGGCCAGUCGAGUCUGCAGGUGCUGCAGCUGGGCUACAACAAGCUCAGCAACCUGACGGAGGGCAUGCUGCGCGGCAUGGGCCGCCUGCAGUUCCUCUUCGUGCAGCACAACCUCAUCGAGGUGGUGACGCCCGCCGCCUUCUCCGAGUGCCCAAGCCUCAUCAGCAUCGACCUGUCCUCCAACCGCCUCAGCCGCCUGGACGGCGCCACCUUCGCCAGCCUGGCCAGCCUCAUGGUGUGCGAGCUGGCCGGCAACCCCUUCAACUGUGAGUGCGACCUCUUCGGCUUCCUGGCCUGGCUGGUGGUCUUCAACAACGUCACCAAGAACUACGACCGUCUGCAGUGCGAGUCCCCGCGCGAGUUCGCCGGCUACCCGCUGCUGGUGCCCCGGCCCUACCACAGCCUCAACGCCAUCACCGUGCUCCAGGCCAAGUGCCGGAACGGCUCGCUACCUGCCCGGCCCGCCAGCCACCCCACGCCCUACUCCACUGAUGCGCAGAGGGAGCCCGACGAGAACUCGGGCUUCAACCCCGACGAGAUCCUCUCGGUGGAGCCCCCGGCCUCGUCCACCACGGACGCGUCGGCGGGGCCUGCCAUCAAGCUGCACCACGUGACCUUCACCUCGGCCACCCUGGUGGUCAUCAUCCCGCACCCCUACAGCAAGAUGUACGUCCUGGUCCAGUACAACAACAGCUACUUCUCCGACGUUAUGACGCUCAAGAACAAGAAGGAGAUCGUCACGCUUGACAAGCUGCGGGCGCACACCGAGUACACGUUCUGUGUGACCUCGCUGCGCAACAGCCGCCGCUUCAACCACACCUGCCUGACCUUCACCACGCGGGACCCCGUCCCGGGCGACCUGGCGCCCAGCACCUCCACCACCACCCACUACAUCAUGACCAUCCUGGGCUGCCUCUUCGGCAUGGUCAUUGUGCUGGGCGCCGUCUACUACUGCCUGCGCAAGCGGCGGAUGCAGGAGGAGAAGCAGAAGUCGGUCAAGGUCAAGAAAACCAUCCUGGAGAUGCGCUACGGGGCGGAUGUGGACGCCGGUUCUGUCGUCCACGCCGCCCAGAAGCUGGGCGAACCCCCUGUGCUGCCUGUGUCCUGCAUGUCGUCCAUCCCUUCCAUGAUCGGGGAGAAGCUGCCCACCUCCAAGGCGCUGGAGGCUGGGCUGGACACCCCCAAGGUGGCCACCAAGGGCAACUACAUCGAGGUGCGCACGGGUGCGGGCGGGGAUGGCCUGGCCCGGCCCGAGGACGACCUCCCGGACCUGGAGAACGGCCAGGGCUCAGCCGCCGAGAUCUCCACCAUCGCCAAGGAGGUGGACAAGGUCAACCAGAUCAUUAACAAUUGCAUCGAUGCCCUCAAGCUGGACUCGGCCUCGUUCCUUGGGGGGGGAGGCGGCGGCGGGGACCCCGAGCUGGCCUUCGAGUGCCAGUCCCUCCCCGCAGCCGCCACUGCUGUGUCCUCAGCUGCCGCCCCCGGGGCGCUGGAGCGGCCCAGCUUCCUCUCACCCCCCUACAAGGAGAGCUCCCACCACCCGCUGCAGCGCCAGCUGAGCGCGGACGCUGCCGUAGCCCGCAAGACCUGCAGCGUGUCCUCCAGCGGCUCCAUCAAGAGCGCCAAGGUCUUCAGCCUGGACGUGCCCGACCACCCGGCUGCCGCGGGGCUGGCCAAGGGCGACUCCAAGUACAUCGAAAAGGGCAGCCCCCUCAACAGCCCGCUGGACCGGCUCCCGCUGGUGCCCGCGGGCAGCGGCGGGGGCGGUGGGGGCGGCGGGGGCGGCGGCAUCCACCACCUGGAGGUGAAGCCCGCCUACCACUGCAGUGAGCACCGGCACAGCUUCCCAGCCCUGUACUACGAGGAGGGCGCCGACAGCCUCAGCCAGCGCGUGUCCUUCCUCAAGCCGCUGACCCGCUCCAAGCGGGACUCCACCUACUCGCAGCUCUCCCCCAGACACUACUACUCAGGGUACUCCUCCAGCCCCGAGUACUCCUCCGAGAGCACGCACAAGAUCUGGGAGCGCUUCCGGCCCUACAAGAAGCACCCCCGGGAGGAGGUGUACAUGGCUGCCGGCCAUGCCCUGCGCAAGAAGGUCCAGUUCGCCAAGGACGAGGACCUGCACGACAUCCUCGAUUACUGGAAGGGGGUCUCGGCCCAGCAGAAGCUGUGA